GGGAGGAACUGAAGGGAAUCCACAUUAGUCAGGAAAUGGUGUUAGGUAAACUGUUGGGACUGAAGGCAGAUAUAUGCCCUGGGCCUGCUGGUCUGCAUCCCAGAGUACUCAAAGAGGUGACCCUAGAAAUUGUGGGUACAUUAGUGAUCAUUUUUGAAUCUUCUCUCAAGUCUGGAUCAGUUCCUGUGAACUGGAGGACAGCCAAUGUAACUGCACAUUUGAAGAAAGGAGGGAGAGAGAAAAUGGGGAAUUAUAGACCAGUUAGCCUUACAUCGGUAGUGGGGAAGAUGCUUGAGUUGAUUAUUAAAGAUAUUAGCGCAGCGCAUUUGGAAAGCAGUGACAAGGUCGGUCAAAGUCAGAAUGGAUUUAUGAAGGGGAAAUCAUGCUUGAUUAAUCUUCUGGAAUUUUUUGAGGAUUGAACAAGUAGAAUGGAUAAAAGAGAGCCAGUGGAUGUGGUGUAUCUGGACUUUCAAAAAACCUUAGACAAGGUCCCACACAAGAGAUUAAUGUGCAAAAUUAGAGCACAUGGUAUUGGGGGUAGGGUAUUGAAAUGGAUAGAGAUCUUCUCUCCUUCUCCCCAGAGAUGCUGCCUGUCCCACUGAGUUACUCCAGCAUUUUGUGUCUGCCUUGGAUAGAGAACUGGUUGGCAGGCAGGAAGUAAAGAAUUAGGAAUUAACGGGUCUUUUCCAGAGUGACAGGCAAUGACCAGUGGGGUGCCGCAAAUAUAUACAAUAUAUAUUAACGAUUUAGAUGAGGGAAUUUGAGGAAGGACAUUAUUGCUAUUGAGGGAGUAGGUUCACCAGGUUAAUUCCCGUGAUGGCGGGACUGACAUAUGAUGAAAGAAUGGGCCGACUGGGCUUGUAUUCACUGAAAUUUAGAAGGGAUCUUAAAGGAUUGGACAGGCUAGAUGCAGAAAAAAUGUGCUCCAAAAAUGGGAAAUUUUCUCCGUCAUUGUUCUCGGUACGUUUUGCAUGGCGAGUGACUUCAUUAUGUGGGUGUCUGACAGGGGAAAUAUAUUAUCUAUGCAAGUUCAAUUAUUGCAGUAAUGUUACACUUGAGGAAAAGUUGUUUACUUUGCACAUAAUGCUGAAAGAAACCAUGUUAUGUAAUCAAAUAUCUGAGCUUUGCCUCCCUGACACUGACAGUUUCUACCUCCCCGACACUGCCAGUUUCCUUUGUUAGUAGGUAAAUUGGAUUAUGCAUUUUGCUCUGGUUUGUCAUUCCUGUAUUUCUGUGAAGCUGACCUUUGUGUGAAACUUUACUCGGUGCAGACAGAAGAAGUCAUACUUUUUAAACCUCAGCUUUUGAUUGGAAGAGCCAUUGACCAGCCUUAGAUUGAAAUUGAAACGUAAGUAAUAAAACUUCAGAAGGAGCCCAGCGUGUAGUUGUAGUGGGCAGAACACUUUUUCUCCUUCCUCUAAAUUAAUUGGUUGGAGUCCAACUAUUUUUAUAUCAACUAGCAAACUGCAAAUCACUAAUUCCUCUUUUAUUUUACUCUUCUGAAAGUUGCUUCUGUUGGGUGCAAUAUAGAUCUGGACAACAUACUUUCGGUUCACUUUGCUGUUGGACUAAUUAACAGCCAGCCAGCAAAAUUUGCUUCUAAUUCAAUGUGGACAUGAUAUCUGUUUUAUGGAAUUACAGCAUUAUCAGUGACGGCUUCUAGGACUCGCAGUUACAUCACUUCUCUUAUCAAGUGACAGCUGCCUGGUUUGUCUUUAACGUUGAAGAGUUUUGAAUGGCAGCGAGAAUACUUCUGAACUAUCAUCCGCGCUCUACUGAUUCAACAACCUCAAUCACAAGACCUCCUGAAUAUGAGUCCCUAAAAACAGCUUCUGGUAAUGCUAGUGGCUCUGGUGGUAACAAUUACAGUUGUCAUUUUAAUGAGGAGUUCAAAUUCAUCUUAUUGCCAGUGUCCUAUGGAACAGUGUGUGUGCUGGGCCUAAUUCUUAAUACAACAGCACUUUGGAUGUUUGUGUGUAAGAUGAGGCCAUGGACUGCCAGUAUAAUCUACAUGUUUAACCUGGCCAUAUCAGAUCUUCUAUAUGUGUUAUCUCUGCCACUCCUUACAUAUUACUAUGCCAAUCGUAACGAUUGGCCAUUUGGGGUAGUCCUUUGUAAAUUAACCCGCUUCCUCUUUUAUGCCAACCUGUACUCCAGCAUCCUUUUUCUUACCUGCAUCAGUGUCCACAGGUACCUGGGUGUGUGCUACCCCAUUCAAUCACUCAUGUGGAUGAAAGCGAGACGUGCCUGGACUGUGAGUAUGCUGGUCUGGAUAUCUGUCAUCAUCUGCCUCAUCCCCAAUUUAAUGUUUGUCACAACAAGCAAACGAGGUGAUGACAUACUCUGUCACGACACAACCCGCAGGGAGGAUUUUCCACGGUACGUUUUGUACAGUUCUGCCAUUAUGGUGAUUCUUUUUGUUAUUCCCUUCUUCACCAUUACCGUCUGUUACAGCUUGAUGGCCAGAAAGUUGAGCAAAGCACAUGGAUCCAACUACAGCACAGCCUCAUCCAUUGUCAAGAACAAGGCCAUUAAACUUAUUAUCAUCGUGUUGCUGGUCUUUUUUCUGUGUUUUGUACCUUUCCACAUCACAAGAACAAUGUAUUACACCUUCCGGGUACUCAAGAAGAACUGCCAUGCACUUAAUAUUGUGAAUUUCACAUAUAAAAUCACAAGACCACUGGCCAGCAUCAACUGCUGCAUUGACCCUAUUUUGUACUUCCUGGCUGGAGACAAUUAUCGAGGAAAAUUUGUGCAUGCUACAUGGAGACGAAAAGCUCGCGUUCAACGAUCAGUUCCAAACAAAAUGCGUGAGCGCAAAUUUCCCAAGCAAUCAGUGGUCAAAAGUGCCUCUGUCUAUUCUGUCACCUUGGACCAGGGAUCUGUUUAAGUUAAGGGCCUGUCCCAGUUGGACGACCUAAUCCACGAGUUUAGAAGACCCUAGAAGACUUAAAAAAAAUGUCCAGGUCGUGUUGACUCGCUGAAGUAAAAGACCACCUACCACCUCCUACAACUAUGUCUACGACCUCCUACGACUAUGUCUAUGACCUCCUAAGACCCCGCUCGACCUCAGUCUUCCACACCUAAGACCAACUACGACUAGCUUCGAGUGGAAAUGAUUACAUGAUAAAAUGGUCAUGUUUGCAUUUUUUUUCUCAGGCCAGUUACCGACCAACGACUACCUACGACUACCUACGAAUAUCUACGACUACCAUCACAACCUACUACCACCUACCUACGACCUACUUAUGAGUAAAAAGUAUCAAUUUUUUCCAUGCCGACCAUUUUUUUACAUGUGGACAUUUUUUAUCAGGCUGGAAAAAACGCCGCAACCUACUUGAGGCCACGAGUACGCGGAGACCACUCACGAGCAUGAGGAAGAGUUACGAAGACCUCCUACGUCCUCGUGGCGACCAUGCUGCGAGUAUGAGUCAAGGGCAAACUCGGCAGAGUUCGCCAAUUAGGUCGUGAAAGUGAGACAGAGGCUUUACAGUGUCAAGUUUCACUUAUUUUUUAGUUCAGUGAUCCAUUCAGAUAGAAUCAUAUUAUUGGUUCAGAGGAUCUGCCAAAGCAUAGUGAUAGAUUUUGGGCAGAACUGAUAUCCACAUUGAAACAAUGACUGCCCAAACCCACCUUGCUAACUUAGGCGGCCAGUGACUGUCGUAACCAGACAGUACACUGUGCAGCUGAGAAAAGGAAAUCAGUGGCAUUGGGAGUCCUUUGUGAGACUUGUAUCCUACAUUUGAACCAAUUCCUUGCAUAUCUGGGCUGCUUUGCCCAAUUGACAUGGAAUCCAAAAUAUGAAAAGGCUGGAAGAAAAUGCAAAUGAAAUUGAAUGAAAGCACAUAUCUUCAGUCAUUACCCUCUUUUAGGGGAAACAAUUAUUUUUUCUAUUUCACCCUUUGAGAAUAUUUUUUCUGUUAAUGGUGUAAUAUUAAAUGCAGUGUUUCAAGGUUACAGCAAUGCCUAAAAUAUUUUAAUUAAGUAUUGUGUUAAGAUUUGCACCAUAUUUUGGUACAUAUUUCAAACUAUAUUUGGAUUCAUAUCUUGUGAUAUUUAUUUAGAUUGUUAAGUUAGACUUUUGUACUUUAGAACACCUGAUUCAGUUAUUUAUUUAUGUGCUUAUAGCAUGGUAUUUUAUUUUGCAAUUGACUUGUUUGCUUUACGAAUAUGAAAUAAUCAUUCGUAAGUGGAGUAAAAUCAAUAAAAAUACUUUGUGUCUGCCAUUUUACCAUUGCAAAAAUGAAAUCUGGUGGCCUGUUUAAGAAAUCUGAUGCACAGCAAUUGGAUGCUACUGUAUGGAGCUAUUUCCAUUCCCUGAAAUUCUACUGCCGGAAUAAGACCAUUAACUCUAGAUGUCUAAUCAGGCCAAAUUCUUGCUAGGUCAAAGACAGUAUAAACCUGAAGCUGAGCUGGAUCUUUGUCAUUCAAUCAUUAUGGCCUAUAUUUGCACUGAGCACAAUAUUGAAAUUAGAUCAUUAUCUUACCUGAUAUAAAAUUUAUAGGGAAAGAAUUAUCUGUGAAGUGUUUGUUGAUUGUUUGAGGCUAACACGACCUUCCAGAAACAUAGAAACAUAGAAAAUAGGUGCAGGAGUAGGCCAUUUGGCCCUUCGAGCAUGCACCGCUAUUCAAUAUGAUCAUGGCUGAUCAUCCAACUCAGUAUCCCAUACCUGCCUUCUCUUCAUACCCCCUGAUUCCUUUAGCCACAAGGGCCACAUCUAACUCCCUCUUAAAUAUAGCAAGUAGUAAUAUAGAAACUAAUAUAGAAAUUGCUACUCAACAACGUACCUCGGUACUCAACAACGUACCUCGGUGACUGCCAAUCACCACCCCCUCCCCCCGGACACUUAUUAUUAUUUAUUCAAAUCAUUUGCUAUGUCGCUCUUCCAGGGAGAUACUAAAUGCAUUUCGUUGUGUCUGUACUGUACACUGACAAUGACAAUUAAAAUUGAAUCUGAAUCUGAGAAAGUAGUAAUAUAGAAACAAGAAUAGUAAUAUAGAAACUGUACUUCUCAAAAUUAUGUAACGAUGUUAUUCAGAGUGGCUACGUAGCUUCACUUUAUAAUUUUGAAAGAAAAUGGAUAAUGUUUCUAGACAUUCAGCUCAUGCUGUAAAUGAUCAUUAAUGUGGGUCUUAAAGAUAAUUGCUAUUAGGAAUUUCGGUUGAGCAAAAGCAUUGAUACAAUAUUGAUCUUGUGUAGUAGAGUAGAGGCUCUU